CACACACAAAAAUAAAUACAAAGACAUCUUCAUUUGUUCCUCUUUUCCUCUUUCUCUUGUUUUAGCAGUGGUAGAAUGGCAAGAGGGAAUCCUGCACCUGAAUUCAAUCCCAUCCAUGAAAUUCAGUUUGAGGAAGUGUUGGGUCGUGCCGAUGGAUAUCCUAAUCCCAUUGGACAAUUUCAUGUCCAAACUCAAUCUCAGAAUGCUCCACCCACUGAGGAGCAAGGGUUACCCAACUUUCCUCCUAAUUAUUCUUAUGAAAUAGGAGAGUCAUCAUCAUCCAGGAAUGCUGCUAGGGUUGAGUCUCCCAUAGAUCUCAACACUCAACAGUCUCUGCAACAAGGAAUAUCUCAUCUGCAUCUUGAUUCCUACGAAAUCGGAGAGUCUUCCUCAGCAAGGAAUGUUAGGAUGAGAAUGAACAUUGAAGAGUCUCUCAUGGAAUCAGUUUAUCCAACUACUCCGGUCACUGCAAACCCUUCUCCACCACCACCACCAGUCACUGCAACCUCUCCCCCGUCACAGAUUUUCAGAAACUCAGCUUAUGACCCAUCCUUUGAGAUGCGUGGAUUACCUUUGGAUCCCCAUCUGAGAUUGUUUUUCUUUAACAAUCAUCCUGACCAACCUGUAGUGUGCAACAACAUGAACACACUUUAUGAUCCAUCAUUUGAAGAGCGUGGAUUACCUUUAGAUCCACACUUGAGGUGUUUUGCCUUGGAAUUGGCCAAAAAAAAUGCUGAGAAUGGUGAUAAGACAGAUUUGAAGUGAUGGGAAGCAAUGAAUUCACAUGGCAAGGAGCAUGGAUUCAUAUUUGUGCUUUUUAGUCAUGAAAACUUAGACAAUAUUAUCGUAUUUUUAAGAUUUCAAUAAGCCUUUCAGACAUCGUACUCAUAAGGGCAUUUGGAUAUUUUCUAUUGUGUUUAAGUUUCUGGAUUGGUUUUAUAUGGUUUGUUUUGCUUUGAUGGUUGAA